GCGCCCUCGGCCCCAGCGCGGCCGCGAACCGCGCUCUCUCUCCGGAGGCGAGGCUCGGAGGGCUGAAAUUCACCGGAUUAGGUUGGAGGUCCCAACUGGAAUUCUAUAGUGGGGAGUCAGCCAGGAAGGGAGCCUGGAGAUUCAGCCCACAGCAGACCAGCCUCCUGAGGUGCAGGAAAGAGAAAACCUAGAACAGAUCCGCUAGGUCCUACAGGUAUGGAUCUCUGGCAGCUGCUGUUGACCUUGGCAGUGGCGGGCUCAAGUGAUGCUUUUUCUGGGAGUCAAGCCACACCAGCUAUCCUUGUCAGAACAUCUCAGAGUCUGCAGAGAGUUCAUCCAGGCCUAGAGACAAAUUCUUCCGGGAAGCCUAAAUUCACCAAGUGCCGUUCACCUGAACUAGAGACGUUUUCAUGCCACUGGACAGAUGGGGUUCAUCAUGGUUUGCAGAGCCCGGGAUCCAUACAGCUGUUCUAUAUCAGAAGGAGCACUCAAGAAUGGACUCAAGAAUGGAAGGAAUGCCCCGAUUACGUCUCUGCUGGAGCAAACAGCUGUUACUUUAAUUCAUCUUAUACCUCCAUUUGGAUCCCCUACUGUAUCAAGCUAACUAGCAAUGGUGACCCUGUGGAUCAAAAGUGUUUCUCUGUUGAGGAAAUAGUGCAACCAGAUCCACCCAUUGGCCUCAACUGGACUUUACUGAACAUCAGUUUAACAGGGAUUCAUGCAGAUAUCCAAGUGAGAUGGGAACCGCCACCAAAUGCAGAUGUUCAGAAGGGAUGGAUAGUCCUGGAGUAUGAACUGCAAUACAAAGAAGUAAAUGAGACCCAGUGGAAAAUGAUGGACCCUGUAUUGUCAACAUCAGUUCCAGUGUACUCAUUGAGACUGGAUAAGGAGUAUGAAGUGCGUGUGAGAUCCAGACAACGAAACUCUGAAAAAUAUGGCGAGUUCAGUGAGGUGCUCUUUGUAACACUUCCUCAGAUGAGACCAUUUGCAUGUGAAGAAGAUUUCCGGUUUCCAUGGUUCUUAUUUAUUAUCUUUGGAAUAUUUGGACUAAUGGUGACAUUAUUUUUAUUCUUAUCUUCUAAACAACAAAGGAUUAAGAUGUUGAUUCUACCCCCAGUUCCGGUUCCAAAAAUUAAAGGAAUUGAUCCAGAUCUCCUCAAGGAAGGAAAAUUAGAAGAGGUGAACACAAUCUUAGCCAUUCAUGACAACUAUAAACACGAAUUCUACAAUGAUGACUCUUGGGUUGAAUUUAUUGAGCUAGAUAUUGAUGACCCCGAUGAAAAGACUGAAGGAUCAGACACAGACAGACUUCUAAACAAUGACCAUGAAAAAUCACUUAAUAUCCUUGGGGCAAAGGAUGACGACUCUGGACGUACCAGCUGUUAUGAACCUGACAUUCUGGAGACUGAUUUCAAUGCCAGUGACAUGUGUGAUGGUACCUCAGAGGUUGCUCAGCCACAAAGGUUAAAAGGGGAAGCAGAUCACUUGUGCCUUGACCAGAAGAAUCUAAAUAACUCACCUUCUAAUGAUGCUGCCCCUGCUAGCCAGCAGCCCAGUGUUAUCCUAGGAGAGGAAAACAAACCAAGAUCACUUCUUACUGGCGGAACUGAGUCAACUCAUCAAGCUGGCCAUACACAGCAGCAGCUCAGCAAUCCAAGUUCAUUGGCAAACAUCGACUUUUAUGCCCAGGUAAGUGACAUUACACCAGCAGGGAGUGUGGUCCUUUCCCCGGGCCAAAAGAAUAAGGCUGGGAUCUCCCAGUGUGACAUGCAUCCAGAAGUGGUCUCACCCUGCCAAGCAAACUUCAUCAUGGACAACGCCUACUUCUGUGAGGCAGAUGCUAAAAAGUGCAUCGCCCUGGCCCCUCAUGUUGAGGCUGAAUCACAUGUAGAGCCAAGCUUUAACCAGGAAGACAUUUACAUCACCACGGAAAGCCUUACCACUACUGCUGGGAGGUCUGGGACAGCAGAACGUGUUCUAAGCCCUGAGAUGCCUGUCCCAGACUAUACCUCCAUUCAUAUAGUACAGUCUCCACAGGGCCUCGUACUCAAUGCAACUGCCCUGCCCUUGCCUGACAAAGAGUUUCUCUCGUCAUGUGGCUACGUGAGCACAGACCAACUGAACAAAAUCAUGCCAUAGCUUUUCUUCGAUUUCCCAUGAGCUACAUAUUUAAUGAGCUACCUAUUUACUCUAGCAAAGAGUUGGCUAGGGCAUGAAUGCUUAAACCAAAACAAUGUUUAAACCUUUUUUGGGGGGGUGGGAGUUGAGGGUGGGGGAUACGGAUUCUAAAUGGCUUUUCCUGAAAUGUUGAAACAUGAUAUUAAAGAAAAAGAAGAAGAACCCUUCAUCAGAUAGAUAUUCUUAUUGUGAAUUGUAAAUAUUUUAAAGAAUUGUCUCAAAGACUGUUUAGUGGCAGUGAUUGUCUUGUUAUUGUGGGUGUUAAUUUUGUGCUACUAAGCAUUGAAUGGCUAUGUUUUUUAAUCUAUAGUUAAUCAUGCUUUUUGAAAAAGCGAAAAAUCAGGUGGCUUUUGCAGUUCAGGACGAUUGAAUGCAAAUCACAGCACAGGCUAAUUUUUUUUUAAUAAUUGGGAACUAAAAUUAUAGGUAAGAAGACAAGAAAUAGUUUGGAUAUGUAAAACAUUUAUUUUGACAUAAAAUGGAUAAAGCUAUUUUUAAUAAUUUACACUUUAAGCAUGGCUGUUUUCUAUUACACUGUACACGGUGUACUGUAGCUCAUGCUGACCCAUCUAAAGAAUGUAGUAACUGCAGUCUAAAGCUGGUUUAAUGCUUUGGUCAACGCACCUGAAGAAAAACUAGUUUUUUACAAGGCCCUUUUUAUACCUCCUAAAACUCUUUAAAUGAUUCUAAAAUGAUUGUAGUUAGCUGCAUUAUUGGAAUGUGUUCAUCUUAUCUGAAUUUGUAAACAGAUAUUUGUUAAUUUAGAAAACUUUAAAAUGUUUGCACAGGUCAACUUAUCAGGAACCAAAAAAAAAAAAAAAACAA